UCAUGGGGCCCCGGGCAAUAGGGGAUCAUGGGGCCCCUGUGUCCUUGCCCAAACUCAAAAAAGCCUAUGAAAAAGGUACCAGGGGCAUCUCAUGGGGCCCCCUACUGACCCCCGGCCCUUAGGCAGUGCCCGAGUUUCCAAAUGGUCAGUCCGCCCCUGUCCCUUUCCAAAAAACGCACCGGGUGACAACGUGGCGAUGUGAAUGUGUCCCAUAGGAAAUCAUGCUCAUGCGCACUGGCCAUCCUAGCCUUAGAGCUCAUGCGCACUGGCCAUCCUAGCCUUAGAGCUCAUG